AUGUGUGCAGGCUCGGCGCUGCGGCAGGAGCACCGGCAGGACUACGGGCAGGAAUCGCGGCACGAGUUCCACCAGGAGUACCGCCGCUCUCUGGAGAGGGAGUUCGGCCCCGCCGGGACCUGCCCCGGCCCCGCCGUGGCGGAGCGGCUGCGGCAGCGGCUGCAGCAGGAGCCGGCACUGCUGGAGGCCCUGCAGGAGGACGCCCUGGCACUGCUGGCCCGGGGGCUGCGGGACCACCCCGACCCCGGGCUGGCGCUGCGAGGCCUGGCCAGCGCCUUCCGGCUGCUGGAGCUGGCGGCCGUCAACCUCUACCUCUUCCCGUGGCGCCGGGAGUUCGGGGAUGUUGUGGGGGUUCCCAGACACCUCCAGCCACGCUCCCCGCUCUCCUUGCAGACCUUCUCCGGCGCCUACGUGCACCUGCUGCGCCCAGCGCUCCCUGAAGCCGACCUGGUGCGGAGUUUGGGCCGACUGGGCUACGAGCGGCAGGACCGGCACCGCCUGGCCGUGGGCCGGCUGCCCCCAGGGCCUGCGCUGAUCGCCGCCGCUGUCGGCUUCCUGGCCUGCCGCCUGGAGUGUGAGAUCCUGGCAGAGCUGGCACUGCAGCUGCGGCGGCCCCGCGCCAAGGAGCUGCUGGAGGCACGGCACCGGGACGGGGGUGCCAAGGGGUGCCCCGAGACACUGCAGGACCUGGGGACGCAGCGCAGGGCAGCUGCCGACUGUGAGGAUGGUGUGGAUCUCUACCAGGAGAGGCCAGACAGCCCUGAGGACAGGGGCAGCAUGGACACAGGCCCCCCAGCGCUGUGGAGGGACGCUCAGGACGUGCCCAUGAAGGGCUGGGGCCGCUGUGACAGCACGCUUGGGCCAGAGCCUGGGGGCAGCAUUGGUCUGGACACCUCCUCUCCUCUCUUCCCGGAGCCGGAGCUGGUGGGGACCGGCAGAAGUCCCCAGGCACUGGGGGAGCCCCGGGCUUCCCCCCAGGCCACGCCAGAGCUGCCCUGCUACCAGCUGCACUCGUGCCUGCAGCGGGGCAUGCUGCCCUCGUACUGCUGCAGCACGUGCCGGCAGCUGCACGGCGGCGGCUGCGCCGUGGGCCGCGCCUGCCGCAGCCGGCACCGCGGGCAGGAGCUGCGCGGGGAGCGGCAGCAGCGCCUCUGGCUGCAGCGCACCGAGCUGGACAUGCUGCUGGCCGAGGGCUCUGCACCCCGCUCCUGACAUGGCCCUGCUGCCCCCGGGGAGGGAGGCACGGCCGCUGCUUGGCACGAGGACCCGGACUCGUCAGCUGCCAAGACAGAGGUGCCUGGGCCCUGCUCCAGCCCAGGCACUGCUGCUGUAAAUUAUUCUGUGCAUCAGUAAAGUGGCUGCCUCAGCA